ACGGCUCAAACAAAAUUUACAACAUUCACUUCUGACAAUAAAAUAACAUAAUUUCUCCGAACUCCAAAUCUUUGAGUAGCAGAGGCCACAGGGUCCCUCCCACGUAAAUCAUAGCUUCGCGGCAGUCUUGAAUCUCGAUCCUUCCCCAGUUUUGGGUUUCCAUUGCGUUGCCAUCCGUGUAUCAACGAAUUGGAAUUGAAUCUGUUUUCUUUGGAUUUCUAUAUCGUCUUGGUUUUUCUGCCGAAAUCAAUCGGUUAAUUAACGAUCGCGCGCUUUUCAAGGAUGAAGGAAACCAGGAGUACGAGACAAGGGGAAUCAGGCAAUCCAUCUGUGACACAGAACAAUGGUUUGAUUGAGGCUGAGGGUCUUAUUCCUCAGCUAUUUACCUCUGUACCAGCUCUCAAUGAGGCUGCGACUUACGUGGCGCAGACAACUUCAUACCUCACUAGCUGUUUCUCCGAUUCUUCUGUUGACCCUGAAUCUGGAGCACCUAGGAAUUAUGCUUUACAUGAACGGGAAUUGGUGCCGUUAAUUUCCAGAGCAUCUGUAGAUUUACCAGCCACAACUGGUGGUCAUCAGAAAUCUAGUGCUACACAAUCAGUAAUUUCUGAAUCACCUGAAGCUGCCACUGCUGCUCCUGUUGUACAAACUGAAGUUUCAAGGAUUGCUGUUGAAGAGUCAUCGGGCCCUGGUGGUGGUCUCAUAGUGUCAAAUAAUACYGGUCGGAAUGGCAUGUCAAUGUUUCAAGGCCUUAUUGAUCGGGCUUUGAGGACAGUACGUGGGUCAGCAGAUGAUAUAGGAUGGCUUCAAAGUGCACCUGGAAUGCCUCCGGUUGAAGAAGGAACUGAUAGGUUCAUGGAAAUUUUGGGGGACAUCAGGCAUGGUAUUCACAAGUUGCCUAAUUCAAUGGUUUACUUGCUGGUCCCAGGUCUUUUCAGCAACCAUGGACCACUGUAUUUUGUUGAUACUAAAAUGAGAUUCUCAAAGAUGGGUCUUACCUGUCAUAUUGCCAAGAUUCAUAGUGAGGCUUCAGUGGAAAAAAAUGCAAGAGAGAUAAAAGAGUAUGUUGAAGAAAUAUACUGGGGUUCUGGAAAACGUGUAUUACUUCUUGGGCACAGCAAAGGGGGAGUAGAUGCUGCAGCUGCCUUAUCGUUGUAUUGGUCUGAUUUGAGAGAUAAAGUUGCUGGCUUGGCAUUAGCUCAAAGUCCAUAUGGUGGUAGUCCAAUAGCAUCUGAUAUCUUGCGUGAAGGACAACUUGGUGACUAUGUGAACGUACGGAAACUUAUGGAGAUUUUGAUUUGUAAAGUGAUCAAGGGAGACAUGCAAGCUCUGGAAGAUUUAACAUAUGAGAAGAGGAAGAAAUUUCUAAUGCAGCACCACUUGCCAGAAGAACUCCCCGUGGUUUCCUGUAAUACCGAAGCUGGCAUUUCACCGGCUGUUUUAGCCACCUUGUCCCAUGUGGCUCAUGCAGAACUACCAGCCCCGCUCUCUACUGCUCAAGCUGCAAAACUCCCUGUAGUUAUUCCCCUGGGAGCGGCAAUGGCAGCCUGCGCCCAGCUGCUGCAGACCCGUUAUGGUGAGAAGAGCGAUGGACUGGUAACUUGCCGUGAUGCUGAAGUCCCCGGAUCCGUGGUGGUGCGUCCGMAACGUAAGCUAGACCAUGCCUGGAUGGUUUAUUCGUCUCUCAACAACGACACGUCGGAAGCAGAUGCAUCUCAGGUGUGUGAGGCACUUUUGACAUUGCUUGUAGAAGUUGGGCAAAAGAAAAGACACCAAUUGACGAAGAAAGAUGAGUAAUAGCAUCGACGUUGGGCUCUGUUUUCUUUCAUUUUUCAUCUUCUCAAGUACAAGGGUAGGUCUAAAUGCAAUUUGUUACGUUGUGUAUAUAAUGUGGAUAGUAAGAUCACUACUCCUGAUCGGUCUCGAUUCUUAGGCUGUAGUUGUAUUAAAGCAGCGAUGAAUCUCUGGAGACAGCAAGUUGGAUAGGAAAGAUAGGCGAUGCUUGAAAAGCAAUAGAUCAUUUUAUUAGUCAUACUUAAGCCGACAUACAAAUUUUUUUUAUUUGAACUCAUGACUUUUUUGUCAGACAUACUGCUCAAUUAAUGCACAUUGGUGAGGUAGAUGUUUAGUUAA